AUGGUGCCUACUCCGUUUCUCAUCGGCCUCUCAUGGAUCAUCCAGAUCUUCUGGAAUUUGGACAUUAUCGUCCACUUUCGAACGUGCUUCUACAUGCGCGGCUAUGCUGUCAAGGAUGCCAGGAAGAUUGCCCAGCGCUACCUCAGAGGAUGGUUCCUUUGCGAUUUUUCGAAUGUCUUGGCCGACUUGUACUUAGACUCCCGGGCCUCCUACGCAGUGGCCGUCCUCUCCGAGGUUAACUUCACCAGCGAUCUCUACUAUGUGGUAAUCAUCAAGUUUUUGCUGCGUCUGGUGCGCUUUGCGAAGCUCAAUGGAAUUGCGCAGUCUCUCAUCCGCAGGCUCAACUCGGACACCGCAAUCGCCAAAGCCAAAAUCUUUCUCCUCUCGUGCCAGAUACUUCUUAUGCAGCAUGUGAUGGCCUGCAUCUGGUACAAAGUUGGCGUGGUCUCAGACAAAGGCUGGGUGAGCCAAUUCGAGUUUUCCGAGAAAAACAUGGACUACAGGUAUACCACAGCUUUGCACUGGAUGUUUUGCCAGCUGGGCUUUGGAUCCACUGGCAUUGAAGGGAGCACGACGCUGGAGCGUGUCUUUGGACUCAUUGUUGCGUUCCUGGCGCUGGUCGUCUUCUCCACACUUCUCGGUGCCAUCACGAGCCUCACGAACCAGCUGAACAAGGCUUCCGAGGAGCGCAAACACCAGUUUCGCCAGCUGAGGAAGUACUUGAAUCAGCAUCACAUCAACGAGGACCUCUCCCUGCGGAUUACUGGCUUCCUACAGGAUGCCUACAGCCUUCGCCAGGCACGGCUGGCGGAUUCCCAGGUUGCACUGCUGGAGCUACUGUCCAAGCCCCUGCGCGGAGAGCUGCAAUAUGCGAUGUACGAGAGAUGCCUUGAG